CAGAGGAGAGUCGGAGGCUCGUGUGUCAACAUCCAGUGUUUCCCCCGGGAGACGUAACGUUAACGCUAUUCUUAAAAAAACCCUGACGUCCCUUCGAGAAGCUGCUUUCUUCUUCUCCUCCUCAGCCUCGUCUUCCUCCUCGCAGGCCGCGGUGCUCGGCAGCGUUGAGACCCGAAGAAGAAGGCGCUCGGCCCCCGCUGCUUUGACGUUAGCUAACGUUCUUGUAAACGAUGACUGGGUACAAAGUGCGAACGGCGUCUCCGAUCGUCUAGUGUUCUCUGGGGACCUGUUAGCUUAGCCGGCUAGCUAGCCUGCUGGUGGUUUCGAUCCGAGCGAAGGAGACGAGGCGACGCACACUGCUGACAUGAUGUUUCCUCAAUCGAGGCACUCGGCGUCCUCUCAGUCCGGUCAACCUCUCAAGUUCACCACUUCUGACUCCUGUGACCGCAUCAAGGAUGAGUUCCAGUUCCUGCAAGCACAAUACCACAGUUUGAAGUUGGAGUGUGAUAAACUGGCCUCUGAAAAGUCUGAGAUGCAGCGUCAUUAUAUCAUGUACUAUGAAAUGUCCUACGGGUUGAACAUUGAAAUGCACAAACAGGCUGAAAUAGUGAAGAGACUGAACGGGAUCUGUGCUCAGGUGCUGCCUUACCUGUCACAGGAGCAUCAGCAGCAGGUGAUGGGCGCCAUAGAGAGAGCAAAGCAGGUCACACCUCCAGAGAUGAACUCUAUCAUACGGCAUCAGCUUCAGGUGCAACACCUGCCCCAGCUCCAGGGCCUGGCCCUGCCUGUGAACCCGCUCCCCAUGGGCCUCACCCCUCCCUCCCUGCCCAACGUCUCCUCCAGCUCCGGCCUGCUCUCCCUCUCGUCCAUCCUGGCCAACUACUCCCACGGCCAGGCUCAGGUGGUGAAGGAGGACAAAGCCAGGGAAGCGGCAGAGAGAGCACCCAGAGGAGACGACGGGGAUAAGUCAGACUAGUGUCGACACAGUGAGGAGGUUUGGAGAGGGAGGAGGGGUGUUGAGAAAAGAAAGGUGAAACUGUAACUGUAAAUGGAGAUUGAUGUAAGUCUGGCUGCCUGUCUUGAGUGUUGAUGAAACCGCAGGGAUGAUGACGAGCAGAAAAGACGGCGUUGAAGCUUUUGGAUGUGUUAGAGAUUGAAACUGCUGAAUGGUUGAGAGCGUGAGUUCUUCUUUAGUGGUAAUAGACUCAGUUCAGGCUUCUAGACUUAGAAUAAAUGCUUUUUCUUUUGUGUAAGCCACUGUUGUUAGGCUUAACCAAGAUAAAUGUAUUCCCAUCUGGAGAAAGAGCUGCGGCUGAAAGCUAAAAGCAGUCUCCCACACAUGGAUCUGCCUCUCACAGGUUUAUUUUCUUCUUGUUAUCAGAUCUGUAUUCAAUGUUUUUUUUUUCUUUCUUUAAGUCCCUCAGAUUGUGUCGUACUGGCUCUUUUCUGCCAGUCACUGUAAGGAGUUUUAACAUCUCAGCUCUCUGUAACUCCUUUUUCCUCGUUGCAUGACGUACAAUAGCUCAAUAUCGCAUUUCUCCAAAAAUGUUUGGACCGUAGACUGGAAAUAAAAAUGGACGACACGUCUCCUCUUGCUCCCGUUGCACAAAAAUUAAGGAUGAAAUAUCCCGGAUAUAGAUGCCACCAUUUUGCACUUUUAACGUUAUUUGGAGCCAGAGUCAGUGCAGGAUUGAUCCUAGUGUGGAGCUGUGCUGUUGUGUUUCCACCGAUAAACACACUUGUCCAAUUGCAAGUCAGUAUCAUCUGUCAAUCGUGAUGUUUCACCCUGUUUUUUUAAGCCCCCACUGGAAAAAUGAGCACUUGGACAUACAAACGUGUGAUAAGAUCUACCUAAAGUGACAGAAACCAUCUUGGAAGAAAAUUGAAUAUGACGUGUACUUUGACUUUUUAGUUUAGUCCAUGUCGUUUUCACUAACAUCCACCAGGAGGAGCUGGCUUGUCGUCCAUCUUUAUAAACGGUCUCUGAUUACACAGGCAUUGUGCAUCGGAGCCAAAUUAAAUCUUAGCCGAUGAUGUUAAAUGGGAUGUUUUUAAAGAGACAUUUCACUUAUCAUGUGCUUUCAAACCCUUCAAAAAAUCCUAACCCAUUAUUUUCAUACCAACCACUGGAUGCAUUACCUUUAGCUGUGUACCUCAGUCCCAGAGAAAUGGGAUUUUAUUCCAUUAAAAACCCUAUAGUUUGUACAAAUGGUAGUUCAUUUGUUUAAUAGGCCGAGCUGCUGCUGCUGCUACACGCGCUACAUUUAAUGGACCAUGACUCGUCUGUAAAUGAUAAGAAUUUACACUCUGAAAGAAUUGACUUUAUUUUGACAUGUUGUUUUCGUGAAGUUAAAGACAGGCUAUGAUUAGUCUAGAGUUGUCUGUGUGUGUUGGAGUGAAUGUGAUUGGAAAGAAGAAAACAUGUUUAAUUUAAAAAAAAAAAAAAAAAAAAAUGUAAGCACCUUUUGUAUUACCCUCACCCCCCCCCCGCGUCAGUCAGCCCUUUUCUCCCUUUUGCCCGCCUGCUUUUAAAUCAAACUUGAACGGGAUCUAAACUUCAGAACCAGACGGUGGAAACCAACAGACGAGUGUUAACUGUAUUUCUGCAAGUUCACCUCAGUUUCGAGCACCUGUCUUUUCCUACCUUGUGUGUGACUAUAAGGGGGUAUCCUCCUCUUUUCUUUAGUGUCAUUAUUUGGAUUAAGAAUGUGUCCUGAGUGAGUGGCUAAAGAUCUGAAAGCAACAGCAAACAUGUGUUCGCUCAGAAAAAAACUGUUAUUACAACCACAAUAUGUGCUGGUGACCAAAUUCUUGUUCCCUGAUGAUCACAAAAAAACAAGCAGUAGUUUUUUAAACAAAUGCUUUGUCCCAACUCCAUGCUAAAUAAAUACCAGUUCUAGAGUUUAAACACAAUCUUAUCUUGAUAGUAUACUCUUCCUAUGGUCCACAUAGAAGAAAUCAGUGCAGAUAAUGAUAAUAGAUCAGCGUUUCUUAUCCAGAUCAUUUUGACUUUUGUAAGGGGAUAUAUGGUCUAACUAGAACAGCACUCGGAGCGAUAACCUCAAUACUGUAGUUCGUGCAGUCGACAUAACAAAGAAGGAAGUGGUUUGAUAGGUUAAAAAACAUUUAUUUGUCAUAAAAUUUAGUUGUUAAGCUGAAGUUUUAGAGUAAUUAGUUCAUUCCCUAUAUCUCCAGAAACUAUUUGAAUUCAGUUCAGUAGUUUUUUGCCUAACCCUGCAAACCAACAAACAAACGCUGAUGCAAACAUGUUAUAAUUAUAAUCGUCCACAAUUUGUUUCCACUGUUUAAUUAAUGACUAAGAUAUUUUUUUCUCUCUCGCUUACAAAAACAGAUUUCACUUUGAGCAAAUGUUCCACAGUGAGAAGAGCCGUAACUAAAUCUGUCACUUGAUGUGUAUGCAAAGGUAAAUACAACAUUAAUCAUGUCUUUGAGGAGAAAUAGUUUGCAAAUAUACGCUCAUCGUACGUUCAACAUAUCCGACCACAAGUCAAAGUAGGUGUCGGGUUUGUCGUGAUUUCACGCAAGAAGUGUGACGAGGUGAAGAAUGCAGUUGGUCAUGCUUCAACACAUUUGAUUUGUGAACAGCUGAUGGACACGUCCCUCUCAUAAUGCAAUGCACAAAGUAAAUGGAGGUGAACCGAUAUUAUUUUGGGAAAUUUAGGUUUAAGGUGUUUUCAAUGGUUUUCUAAAGUUGUUUAUCCUGAAUAUAAAACUUGUCCUGCUCUCUUGUGUGCUGACUGUAAAACAGUUUAAAGGUUGGAAUAUAGCGCACACUGAAUGCUGUUGGUCUUUAGUAUGGAAAUAGAACAGCAGGGGGCAGCAGUGCUCUCUCUAGUGUGAAGACGCUCUCAAGCCUCUGAACAGCCAGAGAGUCGGUGUGAUGAGUUCACAUCAUCGUGUCCGCUCUUCUCCUCUCGUCUUCACCUUCUGACCGUCGGGUCGAGUCGCUGUCACCCCCCCCUGUAAUGUGAGCGCUUGCCAGAGCUUUGACACCCCACCUUUUUAAUGUCUGAGCACGUCCAGGAUCUGCGCUUGAAUCUCUCUCUCUCUCUCUCUCUCUCUCUGUGUAUUUUAAUUUUAAAAGCACUUAAGUCGUGGCUUGGUGCUCGUUUGUUUUCCUCCUUCCUGUCUGUGCUAGUGUUGGGGAGCUGCAGGGUUUCCCUUUCCUGGAGAUCUUUGACUUUAAUAUAUUGAGUGCGAGAACACAUCAGUUUGUCUUUUGCACUCUUUAUGCUGACGUCAAGUCUCUGUAGAAAAACCUCCUUUGGCAAAGUUCAGACAUAUGAAUGGUAUGUGUGUUUGUUUUUGCUGUGAAGGGCCAAUUUGUAUACAUAUGAAUAUAUCAAUAUACAUAUUUUUUAAAGCAUUUUUGUAUGUUUCAAAGCUGCUUUUUAACGUGUGUAUCAUGGAAGACUUAAGUGUUGUAUGUGUGCAUUACAAGCCUACAGUAAGAGAGGCACAAUGUUGUAUACCAUGUCGUUUUUCCUGUUUUUUCUCUCCCAUUCUCUCAGUAGGCAGUAACACUUAACAUUGUUUUCUAGGUUUGUAAAUGUUUUAUUCCUUUUUCGGUGCAAAGAAAAUCCAGUUUAAUGUGUUUAUGAACACAGUCUCAUUUUAAGAAAAAUAUCUGGGGCAAAAAAAAAAAAAAAUGUAAACAAGCAACCGUGUACUCUUAAUGAGAAUGAAUCAACCUUUUAGCAGUAAGGAAGCUUCUCUGGUGCCUUACAAAUAAAAGAUGUGAUUGCGA